AAAAAAAACCCGGAGCAAGGCGCCUUUUAAACGCUUCAGGCUUGAAAAACACGCGUCGGGCAAAGCGAUCAUGGCGCUGGAUUUCCUCGCAGGCUGCGUAGGAGGUGCUGCUGGUGUACUGGUAGGACAUCCAUUUGAUACAGUUAAGGUACGCCUUCAAGUUCAAAAUGUGGAGAAGCCGCUCUACCGUGGGACUGUACAUUGUUUCCAGUCUAUCAUAAAGCAAGAAUCUACGCUUGGACUUUAUAAAGGCAUUGGGUCGCCUAUGAUGGGCCUUACCUUCAUUAAUGCCCUUGUCUUUGGCGUUCAAGGGAAUGCUCUCCGUGCUCUUGGAAAGGACACACCUCUACAUCAGUUCCUUGCAGGCUCAGCAGCCGGCGCCAUUCAGUGUGUGAUCUGCUGUCCUAUGGAACUGGCUAAGACACGGAUGCAGCUGCAAGGAACAGGGGAAUACAAAUUGAAGUCCAAAAACUACAAAAACUCUUUGGACUGCUUGGUGAAGAUCUAUCGAAAGGAGGGCCUAAAAGGCAUCAACAAAGGAAUGGUUUCCACAUUUCUGAGAGAGACCCCCAGCUUCGGUUUCUACUUUUUAACAUAUGACUGCCUAACGAGGUAUCUGGGGUGUGAGGCGGAAGAUAGUUACAUUGUUCCCAAACUGCUUCUGGCAGGAGGCAUGUCUGGCAUAGUCUCCUGGCUCUCUACUUAUCCUGUGGAUGUGAUUAAGUCCCGCCUUCAGGCUGAUGGAGUUGGAGGAGUCGUACGGUACCAGGGUAUUCUGGACUGCGUUAGAAAAAGCUACCGGGAUGAAGGGCCAAGGGUGUUCACAAGGGGUCUUACAUCCACCUUGCUUCGUGCUUUCCCUGUUAAUGCUGCAACAUUUGCCACUGUUACAGUUUUCCUUACAUAUAUGAGGUCAGAGGAUGGCCAGAUCAGAGGCGAUUUAAGUGGAUGUGAAGCUGGUCCAGUGAUCCAACAGCCUUCGAGUUUUUAAAUUGACUGGAAGAUUGUACCUGUUACAUAUGAGAUGCCAUCAUUAUUUCUUUUUUCUUUUUUUUAAAAAAAGAAUAUUUGGAUACCAAGAGUAUACAUUUUGGUCUGUAUAAAGCAUCUUUUUAAAAAUCUCAUUUAUAAAAGCAGCUUAAUGCUUUAGGAAGAUUCUGAGUUGACUCUAGAAACUCAGACAAUAAAAGGAUUUGCCCUUUGAACAUGUGCUCAAGACACAUCUGCUGGAUUUUUCCAGUGUAGCCUUGACUUCAAUUCCCACAAUCCCCAGCCAGCACAUUAUUAAGGAAAUCCAAUGCAGUCACUGGUCACCAGUUGAAGUCAGUUUCAAUGUAUUGCAGCCAGCUCAAAAUGGCUACUACAUCUUAUCAACUCUGAUGCUAAAUUCCUAUUCAGACUCUAUCCAUAUUCAAACAGGAAGAGAAGAAAUGGGGCUUUGAACAGAUAAUGAAGACUUGUAUGCACAGAUGUUACACCCCUUUCAUGUUCAUUGGGGGCGUGGGACUAGGGCCAGCAGCAUACCUCUCUCAACGCACAUUAAAGGUCUGGAUGGGUUCCCUGUUCUGGUUAUUGCUCAAUCUGACCACUGUAUUCUAUUUAGAACUGAUUGUCCUGGUAAAUGUAGAGUAAAAAACCAUUUGUUUCAUUUUUCUGCACUUUAUCCUAGGGGAGCUUGUGUUCUUCCAAAUAAUUUUAGCUUAUAAUAUACAACCAUCUGAUUAGUGGCCCUCCUGGUGGGAACUGAUGGAGAUGAACAACUGGAGAACUUCAAGCCUUUCCCAACUCUAUUUUAACAUCCUGUUGAAAGUCAUUCUGUAGAUCAGGGGUCUCAAACUUGCAAUGUCACGUGACGUGUCGCAACGUAUUGCGACUUUUUUUUCCAUUGCCUCUUCCUGUUAAUUGUGAAUAUUUUACUACAGUGUAUAAACAGCCUGCUUUAUUUCUUGAUCAGUAGUAAGUCAAUAUCUCAAUCAUGCUGUUCAGUAUGCAGAUGCGUUCCCUGCUAUUUUCAGAUUAUAGUUUGUUUUUCCGUGCUACUAUUUGCAUUUGGCUUUUAAUUUUUUAAUGUAUGUAGUUGCAUCUUGUAAAUAUUUAAACAUAUUUUAGUUAGUAUGUUUUGAGUUGGAAGCUAGAGUAAACUAUCUAGAAACCUUGUUACAACCCAAAAUGUAGAUUGUUUUUAAGGUGGUGGUGAUAGAUGUGCUUAAAUUACCAUUUCUCCAUUACUGGGGUAAAUGCGCAUAAUUGUGAAAGUAUAUUUAAAAGGAUUUAACAGAAGUGUGUUUUAGAGAAUUCAAUAAUGAAAACAGAAGUCAAGCUCAGCAGUUUUGGAAACCUUGGUGAACAAGAAACCUAACAAACUAUUAAGUCUAUUUCGUAGCAUCCUUAAAUAAGAAUGCUGCAACAUUGGCUCACUGACAUCAGCAAUAUACUAAGUUAAUUGGGUUUUAUUAACAAAUGUUUAAGGUUGUAGUGCUAUACACACUUAUCUGGAUGAUUAAACUCCAAUUGGGCUGAUAUCUGAACAGCAAAAAAUACCAUUGGCCUAGUCAUAAUGUAUCUCAAGGUGUGGCCAAUCAAACAUCUGUUCCAUAUUACUGAGUGAAGAAAAAAAAUCUUACACUAAAUCAGAGUAAUGAAGCCUGCAGGGGUUGCCUAUAAGUGUUAAGAAACCUUGAGAAUAAUUAGCUUGUUAUUGGAAGUUUUGUUUCUGUCCAUAUCUAUCUCACUUAAAGAUCUGCUCAUAAUUAAUCAGACCUGUGGGCAGAAAAAACAUUUCUCUAAUUUUAUGCCAAUAUUUUCACAUGGACUUGAAUUGGAUGUAUUGGAGGUGAGUUUGGACAUGCAGAGGAAAAUCAAAUUAAACCCAUGUGGUGUUGUAAUUCAAAUUGAAGCCAUGCUGCACAUUACUACAGGAUUGAGCACAAUGUCUGCUCUGGUUAAUUUCCUCACAAACUGUUUCCCACAAUAACGAUGUAAAUAUGGUCAUUCAACCAAUGAAUGAGCAAAAAGAUAAUGUGAAAUUCCUCAAGUGCAAACUAUGGAUUAACACUACCACUUAUCCAUUCAAGAAAUACAGUAUAUGAACAUAAUGUGAGCUUGCCAAGCAGCAAGAACUCAGUGUUACAUUUAGAUUGAAACUUAAAUGGCUGAGGAAACAGGAUGCAAGACAACUGCAUACUAUUUCUCAUCGCCUCUAAGGACACCUUAACACUCAACCAGUGGUCACUAUUUGGCACAUAGUGGGUCAUUAAUGAGCCUUAUAAAUGCUUUAAAUUGCAGUUGCACCAUUAACUAGGGCCUGCAAUAUAUAAAUUGUACAAAUACCAUGUUUCUCACAUGUUUUUAAGUACUUCCUAUUCUUUUUCCACUGCUGCCGUGAAGAAUGUGUAAGCUCAAUUAAAAAAAGGUACCACUUGCAGAUUUAGCUUUGGAUCAGAGCCUACAUAGUUAUGGGUCCAAAACAUCUGUUGAAGGCCAUUAUUCUAGCUGUUGAAUAGACAAGGUGAAGAAAAACUGGUAGAAAAUCUAGCAAUGUGAUAUAGAACGAGGCUCAUAUGUAGAAUGUACCAUUAAAUAACUGCAGUGGAAGGUUUUUGGGGGGACAGGUGCAAUAUGUCUGUUUGAACGCUUUUUUAAUAAAAAUCUAGCCAAUUAUUUGAAUAAUAAUUAUGCUGGAGAAACCUAUAAAACUGGAUUGCUGCUUCUAUACCAUGCAGGUAUAGUGGAUGUUUUGACACUACUUGCAGGGACAUUCAAAUUGAAUGUGAAACCUAAGUUGUUUGUUGUGCAACGACACUAUCUUUUUUUGUACAGUAUUCUGUAACUAUUGUACAUAAAAGUAAUAAACCUU